AAUUAUGGUUGUUAAAACAGAAGGGGCGAUAUAUCCUGGGUAAUUUCCACUUGAAAUUCGACUUUAUAUAAAAACCAUGCGCAAAGCAGGAUCUACUACACUUGGUUAGAAAUUAUCGAGCCGUUCAGUAAUGGUUACAUCCAAAUUACUGUUUGCAUCCUGCCUUCUCGCAGCGGCUUGCAAGGCCAUCUAUUUAGAGGAAACCCCGGCAACUGAGGAAGACGUCGUCGAAGACCCUUCUCCACCCGAGGUUUAUUUCCGACCCUCAUUUCCGAGGCUUCACUUCAGCAGCAUCAACGGAUUUGGCGAUGACCCGAUUUCCCCCUUCAGGAACUUUCUUCUAACAAAUCCUGCCGCUGGUGGGAUGGACGAGACCAAUCGAGUCCUGAAGUUCAAGGAGCAACUCGAGAAGCUCAAGAAGUACCUUUGUUCCAACUUCUACACGCUCACUUGUCACACCAUCCGUCAUUAUCAGAUGCAGGUGGGUCAACACGAACAAGAUCUCUUGAGACGACAACAGGAGAGUCGACGACUCAUGCAGCGAAGUUUCGGGCCCAUCAGUCAUGCGAGUACCAAGCGACAGGGCCCGACAAGGCCGAAUCGAGGCCCCGAGGAGCCUGCGUCACUGCCAAGAAUGGCCAAGUGGGAAUGGCAAGUGUAGAUGUAAGGACGGCCUUUGUCUGCCUGCACUCACUGAGGUGUGAUUCAUGAUGACGAGUGUUGAAGGUUGCUGAACCCGCUCGAUUUUGUAGUAGAAGAUCCUUUCUUCCUCUUUGACUCAACAUGAUCUCUCAUAAUGACAGUUUAUUACUUCAUGUCUAUCUAUGACUUGUUCGGUUCUUUGUAUCUAUAGAAGGGGGUGGUACGACGAUUAUGAUUCGUGUUAAUCCAAUGAUAACUUGCUCAUAUCUGGCUACCAAUCACAAUAUGAAAUAAAGAUUUGCAUCAAA